AUGUCGGUGGAGGCAGCCGCAGCCUCAGCCUCAGCGGGAGCCUCAGCCGGAGCCUCAGCCGCGGCCUCAGGCUCAGUCUCGUCGGCGCAAACGCGACCGACGGCGCUAGAAUUAGUGUCGGUGGCCUCAGCUCCUAGCGAGGUUGCGCACACGCGACGGCCGCCAGCCAGCGGGAAUGCUCCCGGUUCACCUCUCAGCACCCCUUCCAAAUCUCGCUCUGUCGCGGCGCUGGCGCCGGCGGCCAUGGACGGUGGGAAGGCAGGCAUCGCCGGGAUUUGCGGCGGAGCUCGGUGGCUUGUGGCCUGUUCGGCGGUGCUGGUGCUUCUACUGACGAUCAUAGUGGGCUGUGCGACGCGGGACCCGUUCUACGCCACCCAUUGGACGAAAUGGAACGCCAGUGGGGGUGGUAUUAUUAAAUUUGUUCGGCGGGGACUCCUCGCCUUGCCUGCCGCCGGCCCGGGGCCCCUGUGCGACCUGUACCACGGGCAGUGGGUGCAGACGCAGCAGCCGGCGUAUUACUCGGGGGAGAAGUGCGGGUGGAUUUCCACCAGCUUUGCGUGCGCGCGCAGCAACCGCCCGCUCGAGAUGCGUCAGUACGAGCGCCUGCGCUGGCAGCCCAACGGGUGUAAUAUGACACGCUUCAGCGCCGAGGGCUUUUUCAGCAGAAUGCGCAAGAAGAGCAUUGCCUUUGUGGGCGACUCGUUGGGCCAGGAACCGUUCCAGUCGCUGCUCUGCAUGCUCGCCCCUGAAGGCCCGCCCAAAAACAUGUCCGACCCCGCAUCCCCCAUCCAAGACGUGCGCAAGGACUACGGCUUUUUUCCAACGCCCAGAGACAGCCACCGGCCCGACAGGGCGUACAGAUUCGUUGCAUCCAACACUACAGUGAUAUUCCGCUGGUCGACGACCUUAUGCGAAAUCGAGCCGCUCAAUAAGGAGAACGGGACGCAGGGCAAUGCGCUGCACUUAGACCGGCCCGAUACUUUCCUAAGAGACUAUCUUAAGAAGCUGGAUGUGGUGGUGCUCAACACGGGGCAUCACUGGGACCGGGUGGAGAUGAACCAGAACGCGCUCAGGUUUUAUCUGAAUGGAACCCUGGCGCCGCCGGUGAACCGAAGGCCGAUGGUCAUGUGGCUUGCGCUCAAGACAGCGGUUCGGUCUGUGUGUGUGUGGAUUGAUGAUCAGCUGAAGCAGACGAGCUCGGGAGCGGGAGAUGGAGGAGGAGAGGGAGCGAGGCAGAAGUUGGGUUCGGGUGUGCAGCUUCCAGGCUUGGCGACAGGUGGGGGUGCGAAGCAGACGACGGCGAUUUUUGGGACGCCCGACACGAAGCCGAUGGUGUUUCUGCGAUCGAUUUCGCCGAGGCAUUCCAAGGGGGACAAGAACGGCACAGGCGGAUGCGUCCAACUCAAGUAUCCGUUGGGGGAUGCUGAGGUGGCCAGUAUGACAACCAGGGAUGCUAUAAAGGAGGAUGGAGUCCUCGGCACAUCUGUUCGCCUUUUGAACACCACGCACCUGUCGGCUUACCGUGGUGAUGCUCACCCAGCCGGCUGGGAUCCCCGAUACGUUACCGCCAAGGGACAAGAUUGCCUGCAUUGGUGCUUGCCGGGCGUUCCAGACAUGUGGAACGAGCUGGUUUACACGCAUAUUGUCGCAAGGGAAGGAUAA